CUCACCGUCUGCUACGACGACCGUCAUCCUUCGUGCAGUCUCCAGCCAUGUCAAACACGAUCGCUUUGUACCCGCUGUCCAACUUCACCUUCAGCACUAAGGAGGCUCAGCCUGAGGAGGAUCCAUCCGUGUCCGCGCGUCUGCAGCGUCUGCAAAACAACUACGAGGACUUUGGUAUGAGGAGGACAGUGGAGGGGAUUCUGGUCGUGCAUGACCAUGGGCACCCGCAUAUACUCAUGCUUCAAAUCGCCAACGCGUUCUUCAAGCUCCCUGGUGACUACUUGAAGCCAGGAGAAGACGAGAUUGAGGGAUUGAAGAAGCGUCUGGAUGACCGGCUCGCCCCCCCAACAGAUUCCCGGCAGUUCAAUUCGUCGCAUGGCGUCGACAAUGAGUGGGAGAUUGGUGACUGCCUCGCCCAGUGGUGGCGUCCCAACUUCGAGACUUUCAUGUACCCAUUCAUUCCUGCGCAUAUCACUAAGCCAAAGGAGUGCAAGAAGCUGUUCCUCGUCCAGAUGCCUGAGCGGAAGGUACUUGCUGUGCCAAAGAACAUGAAGCUGCUCGCCAUACCGCUGUUCGAGCUCUACGACAAUGCGGCCCGCUACGGCCCUCAGCUCUCCGCUAUCCCGCACCUUCUCUCUCGGUACAACUUCAUCUACCAGUAGAGUUCUUCACACGAUGCAAAAGUAACUGUUUCGUCUUGGCUCAUAGCUCUCGCGUGUAAUCAAUCGCUGCAUGUUUUCUCGCACUAUAUCGCUUAGCUGUGAAUAGAUAUCCCCCAUUACCUUGUAAUCUGC